AUGCCUGUCACACUGUGGAAAUGUUGUGAGGGAGACGACUGCAACAGAAGCCAGACCUCCUCUUCAUCUGCCUCCUCCUCUUCGUCACCUUCUUCUUCUUCGUCUUUAUCAUCAUCUUCUCCGGUGGUGAAAGCCCCUCAGACAUCCCAGGACUUCCUGGGUCAGUUUACCCAGGUGAACUCACCAAACAGCGGGGACCGUAAACACCGCGACGCCAGCGCUGUGCUGCCCUUCAUCGGCCUCACAGGCACUGCUGAGCAGAGUCGUAGCUGCUGUAAGAACGGAGGAACCUGUAUCCUGGGCAGCUUCUGUGCCUGCCCUCCAUUCUUUACCGGGAGGAGCUGCGAGUACGACCAGCGUGUCAGGAGCUGUGGUUUGAUUCCUCAUGGCGAGUGGGUUCAGAAAGGCUGUUCCUACUGUCGCUGUGGUUACGGUGUCCUGCACUGCUUCCCCCACGUCUUCCAUAAAGACUGCGAUGACUCGGAAGAGGUGCGUUGGUAUCGCUCAUCAGCUGUUCGGAUGGCCCAGAGUGGCUGCUUCCUCAAUCUGAUGCUGCUUCUUGCCCUACUGCUCCUCCUCUGA